AUGGAAGUUCAUCAUCCCAGAUUCGCGAAUUCUGCGUAUGCGGCAUCGCAUCCGGAUGAUCAGCGAACUUCGAGUUAUGUAGUGGCUGGGCUAGAUGAUGCUGUUGUUCCAUUAUCUCUGGCAUCUGAAACUACAUCGCCUGCGACAUCCUAUGAGUGUGCUGGAUCUGUCGCUCCAGCCGCCGCCGGCGGCGGCGUCGCUCGAAUGAAUGUAGACGAGGAUUACAUCUAUGCUUCAACAAUCAAGGUCGAUGUGGAUACAUGCCCUGCUUGUGACCUCCAGAUAACUGAUCGAACGCUGCUGCAUUUUAAUGGAAGAUCAUGGCAUGAAGAAUGUCUUCGAUGUGCUGCUUGUGCAUCAGGGCUUAGUAACCAACCAACAUGCUUCUUGAAGGAAGGGAGCGUUCUUUGUAAAGCAUGUUAUCACAGACAAUAUGGAACGAAAUGUGCUGCAUGUGAACGAAUGAUCCAAUCAACUGAUUGGGUAAGAAGAGCACGUCUCUAUGUUUUCCAUUUAGCUUGCUUCGCCUGUAAUCAAUGUAAACGUCAGUUAUCAACUGGUGAAGAGUUCGCCUUACAAGAUUCUCGCUUACUAUGCAAACAACAUUUUGUUGAACUGGUUGAAGGCGAAAGUGGUCAACAGAAGCAGAAAACAAAACGUGUUCGAACAACGUUUGCUGAAGAACAGCUCAGUGUCUUACAGGCUCAUUUUCAAAUUGACAGUAAUCCCGAUGGAGCUGAUCUCGAACGAAUUGCCAACAUAACCGGCUUAAGCAAACGAGUAACACAAGUUUGGUUCCAGAAUUCGAGAGCGCGUCAGAAGAAGUACCAAGGCGGACGGAAGGGAGGUGAAAGUGGAGCUGAGAGUCAGCGUUCCUCUGUUGGUCCAACAAGUCCCAAGAGCGAGAACAGUAGUGACGACAUGAUCUAUCCAACAUCUGUAACAACCGGAAGUGACGAUAUGAUGAUGUCUGACACACCUACAGCUGCAGCCUUAGCCUCGCUUCACUAUGAAUAA